AUGAAAGGAAUUGAUAAUGGCUUCAGGGAUCACCUAGUAAGUAGUUUGGGUGACUAUGCUUACAAGCCAACUGUGGUAGGGUUCCAUGAAAAGCUUGCAAAAUUAAAAGAGGAGGAUAAACAACGAGCUCAUAAUUUUUUCAAGGACUUGGCACCUGAGCACUGGGCAAAUGCAUACUUCAGGAGCAUGCGUUAUGGAAAGAUGACAUCCAAUACGGCGGAGUCAUUUAAUAACUGGAUUAAAGAAACACGUAAUCUUCUUAUUAUUCAAAUGGUGGACACAAUUCGUACUCAGUUGAUGCGGCAAAUGUCUGCACGCAAAGCCAAUGAGAAUGUGUUUGAAGUUUAUUCGAUACCAUCUGUUACAGUUGAUGUUGCGAGGCGUACAUGUUCUUACUUCAAAUGGCAAAUCAAUGGAUUCCCAUGUGACCAUGCUGUUAUUAUUAUUCAGAAGAGUCGCUACAAUCUUAAUGAUUGUGUGGAACAUUACUUUCAUGUAGAGACAUAUCGUGUAGCCUAUUUGGGUGCCAUAUUCCCUAUACCAUCGGUGGAGAAGCUGUCUUUUGAUCCCACAGACUUCACUAUAUACCCGCCAACUGUGAAAAGACCACCCGGAAGGCUGAAAAAGAAUAGGAUCCCAUCAAGGGGUGAGAAACUGAAGCAAAUAAGGUGCGAGAGAUGUGAUAAGUUGGGAAGCCAUAAUCGGAAAUCAUGCACGGAGCCGAUAUAG